AUGUUUGCAAAGUGUUUCGUCUUCGUUGCACUUUUUCUCCUCACAUCAGCUAAUGAUGAUCCAUCUUUUCAACGAUAUCGAGGUCAUAUUGUGAAGAAAAAUGGCAAAUACGAAAUUGUCACAGCUUUAGCACGCGAUUACAAAGAGCCUAAUCCAAACGUUGACAAUGUCUUAGCCAGUGGAUUUUGGGAUCAAACUUACAAUAUUACUGGUUGGUCGGUAUUAGAAAUCAAAACUUUGGAAAAUCAGACCAAUUUCGAUCAAGCCUAUUCAGCUGGAUUACUCGAAGGACAAUUGACACGAGAUUUGACCUGGAUGCAAUGGCAGAACAACAUCAAUGAUAUUUGUGCUAAUAAAACAAAAUUUUGUAACUAUUUGAAAGAAUUUCUCAGUAUACAACUCGAUUGGAUGUAUACGCAAAUUGAAAGUUAUCCUGAUGAUGAGUAUUGGCAUCAAGUUGAUUUGCUUCUUAUUCAACUAAAUGGUCUUAUCGAUGGACAUUACAAUACGCCCCGUGAACCAAGACGUCGACUUGAUGAUCCACUUGGAUUUCUAUUAUUUCAAGUGGUAGAAUCUGUUGGCGAUUUAGCUGAACGGUUUGGUAUUCCAGAUGUUGAACGGCACGAUAGUUGCUCUGCGUUGAUUAAAAUUUUACCAGGCAAUUCGGAUGUCUUCGUUUCCCAUGCUGAUUGGAGUCACUUUAAAUCAAUGUUAAAAGUCAUCAAACGUUACAACAUGCCAUUAAAACGUUCAAUUGAUGCCGCAAGUGCAACAGUUCCAGGUGCUGAAAUCAUAUUCUCAUCGUAUCCUGGUACACUUCACUCUGUCGAUGAUUUUUACAUGACACGUCCAGCGAGUUUGACUGUCAUUGAAACGACAAUUGUUAAUUUUAAUGAGAAUCUACAUCACAAUAUCAUUCCCAUUUCGGUACCUGAAUGGAUUCGCGUGGUCGUAUCAAAUCGACUAUCGAAUAACGGGCAAGAAUGGAUUGAUAAAUUCUUUUCUUUCAAUGAUGGAACAUACAAUAACGAAUGGAUGAUUACAGAUUUCAAGCGAUUCACACCGGGACAGAAACCCCAAGCUGGAUUUCUAAUGGUGGCUGAACAAAUGGUAACAGAUUUCGAGUAUGUAGAUAUGACUGAUAAAUUGAAUGCCGAUACUUACUGGGCGUCGUACAAUAAUGUUUAUUUUCCUGACUUCCGAAAUUUGUCCGGUGAAGAAGCGAUGGUUCAGAAGAAAGGACCAGAACUAUACUCAUGGCAUGAUUCUUCCCGUGCCAAAAUCUUUCGACGCGAUCAAAACAAGGUUGUUGAUCUUCCAUCGAUGAUCAAGAUGAUGCGAUAUAAUGAUUUUAAAAACGAUAAUUUGUCGGCUUGUAACUGCACUCCACCAUACUCAUCAGAACUGACAAUCGCUGCUCGAUGCGAUUUGAAUCCAGUCGACGGAAAGUAUCCCGAUGAACCGCUAGGACAUCGUCCCCACGGCGCCACCGAUGCUAAAAUUGCAAGUUAUGCAUUGAUGCAAAAUUUCACACUUGUCGCCGUUGCUGGUCCAACAUCUGACCAACAACCGCCAUUUGUCUGGAGUGAAUCUGACUUCAACACGAAGUUUUCACAUAUUGGUCAGCCAGAUAAAUGGAACUUUACAGCAUUCACACCAACAUGGAUAGUGACUGAAAGAUAUGUUCAAAAAUACAUCUGGGACAAGAAAGUACGUAAUGGACAUAUCAAAAGAAUAACAGAUAAUGAAAUUCAAUCGCUCGUUUUGGAAAUAGUUGGCACAAAUGUGAGUACCACAUAUAUCACAUGUCCAGCUGAUCCAAAAAAAACUCUUGGCAUUAAAUUACCGUUUCUUGUUAUGAUUAUCAAAAAUCUAAAGAAAUACUUCACAUUCGAAGUUCAAGUUCUGGAUGAUCGAAAUGUUCGUCGUCGAUUCCGAGCGAGUAAUUACCAAUCAACUACGCGUGUAAAACCAUUUAUCUGUACAAUGCCAAUGCGCUUGGAUGAUGGUUGGAAUCAGAUUCAAUUCAAUCUAUCGGACUUUACUCGACGUGCCUAUGGUACUAAUUAUAUCGAAACGCUUCGGGUUCAAAUUCAUGCUAAUUGUCGUAUUCGACGUGUUUACUUCUCGGAUCGACUCUAUUCUGAAGAUGAAUUACCGCCGGAAUUCAAAUUAUAUCUACCGGUUCAAAAGAAAUAA